AUGCAAAGGGACUGGAGCCAUGCUUGUUUCCUGCGGAUUUCAGCUCAUGCCAUUCCCUCCGGCGUUGCUCCUGCCCCAUUUCCCUGCUCCAACCAAGCCAAGACUCCCAAGUGCUGCACCGCAUGCUGCACCGCAUGCUGCGGCAGACUGCCCCCGCCGGACCGCAAAUCAAAUGGCCUCAGGGACCCAUCAGCCAUGACCAUCCCACCAGACGCUCUCUGCCAAGGGAACUGCAGAAAGAAAGGCCGCGUCUCGCCCGACGACAUGUUUCUCUCCAGCCUGCACCUCGACAGCCCCCGCGAUAUGCGCAUCAUCCCUCCGACGUCUUCCGGCCCAUCGCAUUCCUCCGAUCCCGACACCACCAAACUACCCUCGACUAGUCCAUGUCGAAAAAAGCGCCGCAGAAGUCAUCGUGAUACGAUGCUCCCGUCGGACAAUUGCCUCAAAGCUUUGCGUGACCAUGCCUGCAUCGACUGUCUCUUGGAGGGCGCUUUCUCUCCGCUCUUCUCGUGGACAUGGUGUCCUGUUCCAUAG